UUGAAAUUUGGGAUUUCCUGUAUGCAUUGUAGAAUCCUGCUAUUUAUAUUUUCUACUGCAUGGAUAAAUUUCACUCAUUGCUUGAUUAGUUUUUUAUCUUGUUUUUAUGCAGGCCUGCCAGACUGAUGAUAAUGACACCUGUGGAGGUUUGGUUUUGUUUUUGUGCUCAUUAGAUGGGCAUAACACAAGCACACAGGUGUCACACAGAACUGUUCGUGAUGCAGAAGUUCAGUGCAGCCCUUCAACCACUUCACGCCACAGUGGGCCAAACCAGAGAACUUCUUGUUUCAGUGGCUAUGAAAGCGUAAAAUCAUGCUCUUCUGCCAUGAGAGAUCUCUGUGGUGUCACAUUGGAAAUGUAUGCAGUUUUAUUUGCGCUGCUGCCUGUCGCUGCUGACCGCUCAUGUGAUGUUUCCAUGCAUGACAGACUCCUGCUUUUUUUAAUGAAGCUAAAGUUGGGCAUUACGUACUCAUCACUUGCCAUUUUGUUUUCUGUAAGCAGAAUGACUGCUGCAAGGCAUUUUAAUAGCGUGCUUCGCACAUUGGCUGCCGCAACUCAGAAAUGGAUAUUCGUUCCACCCAGACACAUCAUCAGGUCUCUAAUGCCCAAUUGCUUCAAAGUACACUACCCAAAUUGCACCAUGAUUAUAGAUUGCACGGAGGUUCCCACAGAGCAGCCAGCUUCUGUAGCACAGCAGAGGGCACUCUAUUCAAACUACAAGGGUGGCUACACGCUGAAAUUUCUUGUAGCAAUCACACCGAAUGGAGCUGUCUGUUUUCAUUCUAAGGCAUAUGGUGGAAGGUGUUCUGAUGCUUUCAUCACAGUGCAUUCCGACUUCCUCAAAGAAGUAGAACCAGGCGACAUGAUCAUGGCUGAUAAGGGGUUUCCUGGCAUUACCACGGAUCUCGGGAAGGCAGGGGCUGUACUUGUUAUGCCUCCUUUUCUCAGAGGCCAGGGUCAGUUCUCGGAGGCCGAUGUAGAGCAGACUUAUAACAUUGCAAGAGUGCGAAUUCAUGUGGAACGUAUGAUCCAGCGGAUCAAGAUGUACAAUGUGUUAAAUACACGUGUGCCCAUUGAAUUGAUUCCUGCCAUGUCCGACGUUUUCCAUGUGUGUUGUGUACUGGCUAAUAUGCAGCCUCCAAUAAUAAAGGAGCCAACGACUGCAGAAUCUUAAGUCAGCCGAAUUUGGGUAUUUCAGUCAGCUUCAUUUCAAGUGUUAAAUAUAAACCCUCAGCUCUGUUAUUCACUGUCAGACAUGGGGCUGUAUCGCGUGUAUGUGUACUGCUAAAACUUUU